AUUAGCUAACAGGCUGACAGCCAAGGGCUGAUUGUACGAGAGUACACGUAGUUAAUACAGUACUUCUGCUGUUUUUUAUCGUAUAGUUUUGAGGUUUGGCUUCAACAUUUCGUCAGGAGUUUCAAGGCGACAUGAAAGUCCAAACUCUUGUACGUCGUCGUCAGGGUGUGCCAUAUAACAAAGUCUAAGUGUCACAGAAGUACAUGGGAUGGAUUCACCCUCAAAAGACAUGUACGACACGUUCAAAGAUGAAAUCUGGAAAGAACUGGGACCACUGGACCCCAACUGGUUUGAUAUACUGACAGCUCAAACAUCUGCUAAUGAGGAAGAUGUCUCUGACCAAGAUGAGCUGUGUGCUAACCAAGAGGGAAAUUUUAAAACACCUUUAGAAAAACCUGCGGUAGACAGUCAGCUGUUUUCAACCCCCAAAGUUUUCAGACACAGUCGAAUUUUGUCACCUGAAACUGAGGAUGAGCAUUCAUUCACUACUGAACAAGAAAAAGGAGCAUUGCCAUGGUCAACAACACAAAGUCCAUGUUUGUUUCAGAUGUCAAAACAGGGCAUUCCAGAUGCAAAAUAUGGAGGUAUCCAGCCUCAGAGUCAGGGAAGUUUUGAUCUGCUUCAUACGCCACACAAAUCUCCGGCCAGCUAUGCCAAGCAUAUUUCUGAAAGUCUCGGUGCACAGAUCAAUCCUGAUAUUUCAUGGACGAGUUCGUUUAAUACCCCACCAGCAGUGCCAUCCACCCUGAUUUUAUCUAAAACUGAUGAGAGUCCCUGUCCAGUGAAUGUUUCUGUCGACAACACUGUAGUUUUUGUACGGAAGCUUUUUCCUUCUCUUUCAAAUGCAUCCAAAGUUGGGGUAGCACCACUUAAAAACAAUGACAUGCCUGCUACUGACCAAGGUGCUGUUUCCCCUGAUGAUUCCUUCCAGACUUCAUUAAACCAGAAUGAGGUUGUUUGGCAACAGAAGCUUCCAGAUGCAAUUGAAGAUGGAGAAAUUUGCACCACAGUAGCAAGUGUUCCUGAUGGAGCUGAAAAUGUUUCCUCCAUUUUCUUCGCCAACAGUAGUUCAGCACUGAGAAAAGUGAGACCUAACAAAACCAAACGAAAGCAAAUCAUUGCAGCCAAAGAACAUGGCUGCAGUUUCACAGACAACUUGACAACAAACAAUGCCGCAUCAAGUGAAGAGAGAGCAGCUGAUCGGGAACCUGGCAGCGUUUUUUCAUCCCCACCUGAAAAAUCUGGAGUUACAGGAAUCACUCAGUGGUCCCCAUUGAGUUUAUCUGAAAUUUCCCCUUCUGCUGUUGAUAUCAAUAUUUUAACAGGACAACUAAAGAGUGGCUGUGAUUCUUGCCAGCCAGUCAUGCCACCGAUGAAAAUCACAGACUCUGGACCUAAUAAGAAAAAGAGAAAAUUUGUUUACACUGUUGGGACCGUGAAAACACAAAGUCAAGGAAAUGAAGCACAAAUUCAGAAGAUGAUUUCCUCACCAGGGAUUCCAGAUUCUGGACAAGAAUUGAGUGUCAAGCAGUUGAGGAAAGCCUCGGGUGGAGCAGACUGUUGCAGUACUGGGCAAAAAUUGGGAAAUCUUGCUGGAGGAAAUCUACCUCCAUCUGUACAAGCAAAUGUCCAGGAUCUUGACAUGUCUCAGCUUCACAGAGAUUUUGCACAAGACUUCAGCCAAAUCCCCGACUCUGGUAUGCUGAGUAAAGUUGUAGAGCAUACUAGAAGUCACUUUUCUCCAUCAGCCUGUCUGUCAGCCAUGAAGCAAGCAAAGCAGAAAGCAAAGCAAGCUAGCUCUCACUCUGACUGUGAUGAGGUCAGAAGCAGAAGACUUGUUUCGGCCUCUUAUCAAAAUUAUUCCACCAAUGAAGGCACUGUAAUUGACAGUGGAUUCCAAUCUGCAGUUACAGAUCUAACUCAUACAAGUACAUCUUCAUUUGCUGUUCCUUUCUCUGAGAACACUGACCAAAGUCAACAAUGCCCUGGCUUUAAAACUGAUAUCCACAGGACUACUCCUUUGACAUCUACAAAUAAAGGAAAUGGAAAAGUACAUUUGGGUGCUGAAGCUAAAGCCGAGCUGUCCAGUGCGCAGAAGGAAAGAUGGAUACUGGACCCUGGAACAGAGACUGGCUUGCACAUGGAGAGAAUUGCAACACAACUACUGAGCAGUGCAAAUGGAGCUGUCAAUAGCACUAAUUGCAUUCCACUAAAUGGUCAGAUUCAUGGCAGUCUGCCAGAAGAAACAGCUUUUUCUCUUCCUUCUGUAAGUGCAUCAGGAUUCAAAACUGCUUCUAACAAGAGUAUACGAAUUUCCUCAGCCAACCUGGAGAAAGCCAAGCACCUCUUUGAAGAGAGUCAAAAUGAAAGGACUUUUAGUGAUCGGCUUACCAAAAGCAUCCAUACCACUGAGCAGAAAAUUAGCACAAGUAAUGGACCAGUGAAAAAUGCAACUUCUACCUCAAACUUAAAUUCUUUAAGUGAAACAUCUGGGAAUGUGAGUUGCCAGUUAACAGCUUCCCAAAAAGCUGAUGUGACAGAACUGUGUACUCUCUUGGAAGAGACAGACAGCCAGUUUGAGUUUACACAGGCCAAAAUUUCUCAAGUACAGCAGCAUGGUCAAGAUGAUGUCCGCUCUCCACAAAAAGCUGACAAGGAACUUGACCCAGAUUUUCUUACGGGUAUAGAUUUUGAUGACAGCUUCAGUUCGGAUGCUGAAAAGCACCUGGCAACUGUAAUACCUGACAAAAUGACCUCAGUUUCAAAUGAUAAAGCAAAUAGUGGGACAUCAAGCAUCACAAGGAAAUCCACAGAUGUGUCUUUCUCCAGCGCAGUGGUGAAAGAAAAUUCCUCUACUGGAGAUAUAUCUUUCUCUUCAGAACACAUUUCUGAAGGCAGUAGCUGUGUUAUGUCAACUAAACCAAAUCACCUUCAGAGAACUGAGCACACUGAAACAAGCAAGAUGGAGAACAAAAAUCCUUUAAUGCUUGGUGUGGCAUUUAAAACUGCAGGAGAAAAUGUUUUGAGAGUUUCAAAAACAUGUCUAAGCAAAGCUAGAGCUUUGUUUGCGGAUUUACAGGAGAAUCUGCCAGAUCAGAAAUCACCAGACAUGCAAAACAGUGAAAAUGAUGAUAAAACCAAACAACAGUGCAGCGUGGAUUCUAACACUGGCGAGGAUGAUUCUAAGUUGACCCUUAAAGAUGACUGUCAUGUUGGAGAGAGAAUUCAAGGCUGUCAUUCCAGUAUGGAGUCUGCCGUCUGUUCAGACAAACGGGUCACAAGCAUUGCAGAUAACGACGCAACCAGAAGUUUUAGAAAUGGCAAAGUGGACACAACCAUGUGUCAAAGUGGCUUCCACAUGGCUAGUGGGAAAGGGAUCGCUAUUUCAGCAAAAUACAUGCGACAGGCAGAGGCUUUUUUCAAAGACUGUGAUGCAAAUGACCAAAAUGAUAGCAUAUUAGUAAAAUAUAAGAAAAGCAUAGAACCUGUGUCUGAAAGAGCUGACAAUAAGAAAAACCUUUCAAAAUAUAAAAGCCCUCGACAAGUCAGAAUUUCUGAUGAACAUGCCAGUGGACGCACUAAUUGUGAAAAUGUGAAUGCUGGACUGCGUGCACCUCACACAAAGGAGCCACAUCCCGAUCAUAUGAAAAUGAAAAGUAUUGGUUUCAACGGCAGACUACCUUUAAAAAAUACAAUGUCUUUCCAUGGAAACCCAUUUUCCACUUCAAAACCAUUUUCUCACCCGCUGUGCACGACAUCAAAGAAUACUGAUUCUGCUGCCAUCGAUGAAUUGAGCAGUUGUGAUGGAUUCUGUACAGCCAGCGAGAAGAAAGUAUCUGUGUCAGCUGAUGCACUGAAAAAGCCUGAGAGUCUUUUGAAAGAAAUUUGUACACUCGAGGACACAAACAACCCGCUAGAUCAAAAAGAAAACUGUGAAAGCACAGGGCAGCUUACCUCUCAAACUCAGGUUUCACCACCUAAAAAUGGUGGAUUUCAGACCGCCAGUGGAAAUAGAGUUGUCAUUUCAUCUGCAGCUCUCAAAAAAGCAAAAUCUCUGUUCAGUGAAUGUGAUGAAGUGGACGAUAAACUCUGUGUUAGGCCAUCACAUUCCAAGCCACCAGUUCAUGGUCCACCUCCCAGGAAUGAUGAAUUUCUCACAGCCAGUGGUAAGCGAGUGGCACUUUCAUCGGAGGUGCUCCAAAAGGCAAAAUCUCUCUUUAGUGACAUCAGUGCAGAGAUCCAAGAUGGUUUGCACACAAGGGACAGUGACAAGAAACAAGAGAAAAUACAUUGUAGUUUCACAGCUGCUCGGGGUGAAAAAGCCCAUUUGUCACAGAAAAAUCCUGUGAAAGAAUUUGAUUCAACUUCAACAAAAGCAAACCAAGAGACAGAUGCUUUCUUCAAAGACUUUGAUAUGGAUGGUAACAGUGGAAUGUCAGUAACAUGUAAAAGUGUGAGCAGUUCUGCCAGCGACAAGAAAACCCUUUCAAACAUUAAAGCAGAUCAAACGCUGCCAGUCAGAUUUUCUGAGCAACGUGGACAUGGAUACACUGAGCACACAAACAAACUAGGGAAACAAAAAGAAGACGCUGUGCUACCACAAAAUACUGGAUUUCAGACAGCCAGUGGAAAAGGAGUUUCCAUUUCAUCCGCAGCUCUCAAGAAAGCAAAAUCCCUGUUCAGUGAAUGUGAUGAAGUGGAUGAACUCAGUUUAAAACCGUCACAUUUCAAAUGUCCAGUUCAAGGUCCACCUCCCAGAAAAGAUGGAUUUCUCACAGCAAGUGGAAAGCAAGUGGCACUUUCAUCAGAGGCACUUCUGAAGGCAAAAUCUCUCUUCAGUGACAUCAGUUACAGUGCAGAUGUUUCACACAUAAAGAGCAGUGACAAGAAACAAGACAAUCAUGAACAAUGUGGUUUUACAACUGCAGGAGGACAAAAAGUCCACAUGUCACAGAGAAAUCUUUUGAAAGCAAAACAUCUUUUGAGUGAAUUUGAUUCUGUUUCAGCAAAAGCAAUGCAAGAGGCAGAUGACUUAUUCAAAGAUUGUCAAAUGGACUGUAACAAUGCAACGUCAAUAAAAUGUAGGAGUAUAGCACCUUUGAGUAGAAGUGACAACCAGAAGAAGCCACAUGAAAGGUUGACAGUAAAUGUUUCUGAACGAGCUGAAAGUGGAUGCACUGAGCACACAAGUAAACAAGAGGAACCAAAAGAAGAGACUUUGCCACCACUGAAUGGAGGAUUUCGAACAGCCAGUGGGAAAGGAGUUGCGAUUUCGUCUGAAGCUCUCAGGAAAGCAGAAGCUCUUUUAAGUGAAUGUGAAAAAAUUGACCAUAAGAUUGGUUCAAUGCCACCACACUCCAUGACUCCACUUCCUGCUCCAUCAUUCAGGAAUAGGGGAUUUCUAGCAGCCAGUGGAAAACUUGUGGCACUUUCUUCUGAGGCCUUACAGAAGGCAAAAGCUCUCUUCGGUGACAUCAGUUUGAGUGCAGAUAUCACAGCUAUUUCAGACAAAAGGAAGAGUGAUGAAAAAUUCAAAGAUGCUCAGAAUAAUACAGAUAAAAAGCACAGUGGUUUCACUACUGCAGGGGGAGCAAAAGUCCAUGUGUCUGAGAAAAGUCUUUUGAAAGCAAACAACCUUCUGAAAGAAUUUGCUGAUGGAGAGUGUCAUGAUUCACGCUACUCUGGAGCAAGCCCAUGUGACACCCAUAAGUUAGAUCUAUUAAAAAUGAAAGAUGUGAACCAAACUACAAAUUCUGAUCUCACUGCAGCCAUUGACAAGUAUAUGCCUACUAAGGAAAGUGCUUCGUUCGCAGUUAAAUCAGCACCUGCAGAUGCAUUUCAGUUUCAGGAAGACAAAAUCAUCCCAUUGGGGACAGAAAAUUUACAUGACAUCACUGAACAGGAAAUGUCAUGUGUGCUGGAUUGUGAAAUAAAUGAGAGAAGCAGCAAAGGGCCUAAAGUUAUAAGAACAGAUGAGUUUUCAGUUCUAAGCUUUCAGUCUCUUAACCUCACCGGCUGCACAGAAACUCAGCAGAAGUUUCUUGCCCAGGAAGCCCUGGACUGCACCAAAGCCUUGCUAGAAGAUGAAGGUCUCGCUGGCCAAAGUCUUCCAAUGACUUUAGAAAAUAUGCCACUGGAAGAUAACCCACAAUCCAGCAACACAUCUGCAGAAGAUGAAAAAACAAGAGGGAAAAGAUCAAUGGAAGAUGCAGAUAUGACUAGUCAGCCUCCCCUGAAAAGACGAUUACUGGAAGAAUUCGACAGAACGGUUGAUGGGCCAAGAGGUUCAACACUUCAGCCAGUGAAAAAUUGUCCAAAUGGUGUAAUGAGAGACAGGAGAGUCUUCAAGUACAGUGCUUCUCUCCAUCCAAACAUCACAGGACCACCCAGGACUGGAAAAAACUUAAUAGAAACCAGAUUAAAAAGGACAACACAUCAGUCUACCCCAGGAGACAGCAGAUCAGCAUAUUCCAAGAUGCCAGCGUUUGUUCCUCCAUUCAUCAAAAAUACAACCACAGAGACUCAUAAGAAUGCAGCGGUCAAGGACGAGAUAAGGGCACCGACUGUGUUUGUUCCUCCAUUCAAAAAACAAAGAACUGUGCAAGAGAGCUCCUCUAAACCACAAGAGGAAGAGGAGAAACACCCUCAUCACUUUGCAGUGCCGUCUAACAGCUGCACUUAUGUACCGCCCAGUAAAAAAACACAUGGUGCUCGAGAUGUAACUGCCUUGAUGGAUACUACAAGUGAUAAUAUGAUGAAUAGUCAGAGCCUUUCUGGUGGAUGUGGGUCAAUCAGUUAUGGUGCAGAGGUAUCACAUGUGGAUGACACAUUUUCCAGAAGCCAAGAGAUUUAUCAGAACCUUCAGAGCACUGAGCUGGCACGAGAUAUGCAGGACAUGAGGAUCAGGAAAAAGAAGCGUCAGACCAUUCGGCCUCUACCAGGAAGCUUGUUUCUAACAAAAACCUCUGGGGUGAUGAGGAUCCCAUUGAAAGUCGCAAUGGAUGAAAAACCCCCAGCAAGAUACACCCAAAAACAGCUGUAUGAAUAUGGAGUUCAUAAGCAUGUUUCUGACAUCACUGGUGAGACUGCAGAGUCUUUUCGCUUCAAUUUGCUACAGUUUCUGAAAAAGGAAGCGUUUGCAGAUGAAGGUGGUAUUCAGCUUGCUGAUGGAGGAUGGCUGAUCCCCAGCAAAGACGGGACUGCAGGAAAAGAAGAGUUCUAUAGAUCAUUAUGUGACACCCCAGGUGUGGAUCCCAAACUGAUUAGUGAGGCGUGGGUGUACAAUCACUACAGAUGGAUUGUUUGGAAGCAGGCUUCCAUGGAAAAAUCCUUCCCAGAAGCAGUGGGCGGCCUCUGUCUCACACCAGAGCAGGUUCUCCUACAACUUAAGUACAGAUAUGAUGUAGAGGUGGACCACAGCCGCAGGCCAGCUCUGAGAAAGAUCAUGGAAAAGGACGACACAUCGGCCAAAACCCUGAUUCUCUGCGUUUGUGAGAUUGUGUCCAGAGGUCACUCCCCAAUCAGACAGAUUCGCAGUGACACAAAGAAUCCACAAAGUGCCAAUGCCAAGGUCGAAGCUCCAUCUGCAGUCGUUUGGCUGACAGAUGGUUGGUAUGCCAUAAAAGCCCAGCUGGAUGAACCUCUGACUGCCAUGCUUCACAAAGGUCGACUGGCUGUUGGUGGCAAAUUGAUCAUCCAUGGGGCUCAGCUGGUGGGAUCACAAGAUGCAUGCUCCCCGCUGGAGGCGCCUGAAUCUCUCAUGUUAAAGAUUUGUGCCAAUAGCAGCAGACCUGCGCGUUGGGAUGCAAAGUUGGGAUUUCACAGGGAUCCACGGCCAUUUCUGCUUCCAGUCUCCUCUUUGUAUAGUAAUGGAGGUCCAGUAGGAUGUGUUGACAUCAUCAUACUGAGAAGCUACCCCAUACAGUGGAUGGAGAGGAAAACAGAUGGAGGUGCUGUGUUCCGUUCUGUUCGUGCCGAAGAGAAAGAGGCGAGACGAUACAACAACCACAAACAAAAAGCCAUGGAAACUCUAUUUACCAAGAUUCAAUCGGAGUUUGAAAAGGAGGAAAAAAGGAAUAAUAAACCUCAACGAAGAAGACAAAGAAGGAGUCGUCAGAAUUUUGCAAGUCUGCAGGAUGGAGAGGAACUGUAUGAAGCUGUGGGAGAUGACCCCGCUUACCUUGAGGCUCAUUUGAGCAUACAACAGAUGGAGACUCUUCACACCUACAGGCGUUCCCUGGUGGAGAAGAAACAGGCUGAACUCCAGGAUCGAUAUCGUCGCGCUCUAGAAGGCGAGGAUAAUGAAGGGAGCUGUCCCAAACGAGAUGUAACACCUGUGUGGAGACUCUGCAUCACUGACUCUAUGGGCCAACCUGGCAGUGUUUACCAGUUGAGUCUUUGGCGGCCCACCUCGGAUCUUCAGUCACUACUGAAGGAAGGUCAUCGAUACAAAGUCUAUAACCUCACAACUUCAGACGGAAAGAAACACAGCAGUGUUGAAUCUGUUCAGCUCACUGGGACAAAGAAAACACAGUUUGAAGAGCUACAGGCUUCCCAGGAAUGGUUAUCAGCACGGUUCCAGCCAAGGGUCUCAACAAAUUUUGUGACUCUUCAGAACCCAGAAUUCCAGCCACUGUGUGGAGAGGUUGAUCUCACAGGAUGCGUCAUCAGUGUCAUAGACGUACAGGGUCCUUCUCCUGCAUUUUAUUUGGCCGAUGGUAACCUGAACUUUGUGAAAGUGCGCUGUUUCAGUAGCUUGUCUCAGUCUGGCCUGGAAGAUGUAGUAAAACCAAAUGUCCUGUUGGCUCUGAGCAACCUGCAGCUGAGAGGUCAGUCCAUGCAUCCCACACCUGUUGUGUAUGCAGGCGAUCUGACUGUCUUCUCUACAAACCCCAAGGAAGCUCAUCUUCAAGAAUCCCUCAGCCAACUCAGAAAUGUGGUCCAGCAUCACGAGAACUUCUUUCUAAGUGCUGAAGAGAAGCUUUCGCAUUUAAUCAGAUCUGAUGGCCUCAGCUCCAUCACUUCUCCAGCUCUGCAACCACAAACCCCAGCUUCUGCAACGGACAAAAGACAAGAAACAAAAACCAGUGGAACUUUACAGAAGCCAAACAGAAGCCUUGGAUCUUUCACACCCGUCAGCAGGAACCCUCCAGCAGCGACAUCUUCAUCAGAAAAAGACCCCAGAAGUCUGAAAAGAAGGAGAGCUCUGGACUAUCUGUCUCGUAUCCCGUCUCCACCACCUCUCUCCCAUCUGGGCUCAGUUGGUUCUCCAUGUGUAAAUAAGACGUUCAAUCCCCCACGGAGGUCUGCGACUCCUAGCACUUUAAAAACUGUACAGACCCCAGCUCACAAACCCACCGACUCACUGGUUGAGGAUGAAUGGGUUCAUGAUGAGGAACUGGCUAUGAUUGAUACUCAGGCAUUGCAUGGUGGUGAUUUACUGUAGUUACUUUUGACUGCAUGGCGAGAAGCACAGUACAGCUUUUAUAUGAAACACUGUACAAACGACUGAAUGUAAAGAUUUAAGGCUGUUUAACGUAUUCCGUGGUUAUUUUUGUAGUCUCACUUGAAUCAUUAAAGUGAGGAAAGUUCUUAAACAGUAAAAUCAUGUCAUCACUUUACAUUGGUCUGUAGUCUUCUCUUCUGUCUACUUUUUUGUCUAUAAAGUAAAAGUAAAGUGUUUCCUCGA